GAAAAGAAAAGUCAUAGUUAAAGUUUUGCUUGAUAAUACAUAAACAUGCGGUUGAAAUUUUGUCAACACGAGUACAAAAAUCAGGUUUUCAUGCGCGAUAAUCAGUGCAGAGGAAAAACGUGUGUCGUGAUAACUCCUUUCCUGAAUCUACGGUCGGGCCGCGUAUACGGUAGCCGAGUGCGAACAUAAAAUUCGCACGAUAUGAGUUUGGCAGAAUUCCAUUUCUUAUCUAUGCAACUCGCUUUCGACCCACUUCCUCUUGAAGUUACUUCGGCAAUUCACCCCUUACCAACCCUCCAACGUAUACCCUCUAAAUCUCGAUGAGUUUCAGUCUAGUUUCGUACCUCCGAGCGAUCGUCUUAAACGAUCUCUCUCUCUCUCUCUCUCUCUUUUUCUUCCUAUAAAUUUGUUUAAAAUAAUGUUGGGCGAUUCGUUGAAGUCGAUUGUCUUUUUCGAAAGUUACAUUAGAGUGUCCAAGCCAAGAUUUAAAAACGAAGAGGAAAGAUUGCAAUUGAUAAAGGAUAUUCAAGAAGAAAUUCACUUGGAGAAAUACAAAGCCGAACAGGAAAUUCUAUUGGAGGAGAGCCAAACGGCUAUGCGAAAAAUCCAAUUGGAGGAGACGUGGUUCGUGACUUACGAAAAUAAAAAGGCAUUUAUGGAUCACGUUCUUGCCACCGAGAAAAUGGAAAACUGGAUUAUGUACUUAACAUGUGAAAAUUUACCAGACGUCGCUGAAUUGUCCGAUAUGAAUACAUUCAUAUUCCUCUGGUCGUUGGAGGACGAAAACGUAAACAUGGAACUGGUUGUGGAAAAAAACGAAGUCGUACAAUACUUAUUGCUGCAGCUUCAUAAAAUCAUCAAUUUCUCAUUAACGAGAUCUAUCGAUUACAUAGAAGAAUGUAAAAUGGUUAGGCAAAGUUUUAGGACGAAGUUGCAAAAUUGGAUAGACCAAGCUUGUUAUCGGCUUUUACGUCAGAUCGAGAGAGAUAUGCUUAGAGUGGAUCUGAAGAACGCGACUUAUGUCAAAAUAACGAAGCAUCUCAUUUGUUGCAUAUGGGCUUUGAUUAAGCUACCGAUCAGUAUUAAAGAAAUUCCUGAAAAAGAAAGAAAAUCGAUCGAGGUUCACUUCGAGGAAAUAAAUCUAACGAUAAAGAUACCACCGGACAUUGAUUGCUACUGUAUGGCUAUCCGUGGACUAUGGCUCGAUUACGAUCACUAUUCCGACAUUGCGACCUCUUACGUCAUGCCGGAAAUACCAGAGGAAUAUCGAAUGAAUAUGGAUCUUAUCGCUUUUUGCUCCGAGGAAUACGAAACGAAACAGAAAAUACGCGAUGAACAAGUCGAGGGACGUCGUUUGAGGAUGGAAGAGAAAAAAGCUAUGCUAUGGAAAAUGGAGAAUCCGGCACCGGUGGUGCCGGUAAAGUUAGAUAAGAAAGGAAGAAAAACCGGUAGUCAAUAUGGCCGGAUAAAGAGACCGGAAUCGGAACAGGAAAUAGAACCACUACCGUAUUUACCGACUCCGACCGAAAUCAUUUUGUUCAAAGAAGAGGAAUUAAGGAAGGAACUUAGAAAGUUGUUGUUUACCAAAUGCGAAAAGACGGAAGUAAAUCUACGAAAGUACAAAAUCUUAGGUGGUAUCUAUCACAUAGAUCUCCUUUAUCAGCCGCCUCAGCCUAAGGACAUGCGAAGAGAAAUAUUUCUUACCACUCUGCAAAUUCCGAAAGAACUGAAGCACGUACCGUUUUAUAAACCGUACAAGGCACCACCGCCGGUACCGCCUACCGAGAGAACACCGGAAGUGAUCGAGAAUGAGAUGAAGGCUUUGGAAACUGCAAUGGAGGCUCUCGUAUUGGUUACGUUAAAAUUACCGGAUACGGUUUUAUGGUUCGAACCACCGUUGGUGGCUCAUUGGAUUUCUGAGAAAAAUAUUUGGUCGACCCAAGACAUCCAUGACAUAAAGUUCAACGAAGAUAAACAACAGAUCACAUUCCGCACCGGGAGAUUUGGAAUUCAUGGCCUGGCGGCAUAUAAACUGAUCAAUUUGCCAUUUCAAAGUUGGGAACUUAGGCCAGAAAUGGGAAGGAAUAGUGGCGGUGGAGUAACUCUUAACAUAACAGCUGCUACAGUUCAAGCGGAAUUUGUUGUCAGGGAGGAUUCGGUAUGUUUGAAUUCGUUGGUCGGAGGCACCUCGUCGGCGCUUCAAAAUAUCGUUGGCAUAUAUAUGAAGUUGAACUUUUUAAUAGACAAAAUGCGAGAAGGUGGCUGCGAUUUAUUUCCGGAACGAGAUGCGGCAAGUUACAUAAAAGGACUUUCCGUGAAGCAUCCAGUAGCCCAGAAACACUUGCAAGAAUGCAUAGGUCUAUUGUGUAUGGCUUAUACAUUUUCCUGGUCUAGGUGGAACGUGAAGAGAUGUUCGCGUGAAAUCGUCCUGCAAUUUAAAGAACUUCAUGGAUGCAUCGCCAAAGAGCGUACCAAUAUUACACUUUUAGUGACGCCUUCUCAAACGAUUGCUGUUCAAUGUACCGAGAUCAGCCCAGAAUUUUCCAAUGUUCCUAUAGAUGGCGAUAGUGCGAAGUUUUACGCCGAUCUAUAUCAUUUGGCAUUGCACAAUGCUGGAAUAAAAAGUCGUCUGCUGAUAAAAGAUAUCUCGUACAAGCUUGCUCUAACGGUCACAAGGUUGCUAAAAAGUACUAACGUGAUAAGUAUGUCGUCCUAAAACUCUCUUUUAUCUCCUAUUUAAUAACUUUGUCGCCAACGAGAAUCACCGAAUAAAGGAAAAAAUAUAUGAAUAAAGAAAUAUAUAUAUAUAUAUAUAUAUAUAUAUAUAUAUAUAUGCAUAUGUUUAUUCUAUUCAUUUCCCAUUUAAGAAUUAAUUCAUUUCAAAUUACUCUAAAUAGAAAGAAUCUCUAUGAAAACAACAUAAAUCAUUGGGAAUGAUCGAUCGAAUAAUUUAUGUGAGAAAAAUAGAUGAAAGGAAUCGAAGUUUUUAUUUUUUUCAUGCAUUUCUUAAAUGCUAGCGGAAUGAAAUGGGCGCACAGAGAUAAUCCUUUUUUAUUUCUUACGUAGUGUCUUUUCUCUUUCCUUUUUCUUUCUUUUCUUUUUUUUUUUUUUUUCUUUUUUUUUCUUCAAACAGAGGGUCUUUUAUUUAAAUACAUAACAUUGUUUCGAUCUUUCAAGUUGUUUUACAUAUCACGGGUGUCGAACGGUGAUCAAUAAUUGUUCUCUCUCUCUCUCUCUCUCUCUCUCUCUCUCUCUCUCUCUCUCUCUCUCUCUCUCUUUUGUUUUCGACAAUUAGAAAAAAAUGUUUUUUCUUCGAAGUAAAAUUAUAUUGAUUUCCGAUGAGUUAUGAAUUGUAUGCACUAAUAUAAAAGAAAAUAAAACAAAGAAAGAAAAAAGAAAAUACAAAAAAUAAAAAAAAAGAAACAAAAUGAAAGCUUCAGAUUUCGUAUGGCUUCCUUUCAUAUUUUUAACAUUUUUGUGCUUUCCUAUUUUAUUGCAUUUUCUUCCUUUGACUUUACACAACCGCACACACACACACACACACACAUACAAACACAUGCACACAGCGCACACACUCACAUACGCACGCUUCGUUUUUCUUAUUACAUUCAACUCUUUGUAACUUACUCUAUUCUUUUAUAUAUUACGUGUGUGCAUAUAAACUAAAGGAAAAAAAGGGGGAAAAGAAUGUCAAGAAAUCUUUGGUUUUCCAAAGAUUUGAUUUCGUAGUUAUAAAGAAACUUGCGUGAUCGUAUCAUGAAUCAGCUGACAAAAUUAAACCGUCGAUCUUUUUCCCGUAUGCAUGCAAUUUGUCGAAUCGUCUUCCCUUCGGCGAGUGUGACGUUAAAUGGAAAAUAUUUUUAACAAAGUGAACGAAAACCCGUCGGUCUCGUUGAUAAGGAAAACGUUAUGAUUGCUUUAAUUUUUUUUACUUGAAACAAUUACAAUUUUUAUCAAUCUUCUUCCUUCUUUCUCUCUUUUUUCUUUUUCUUUUUUUUUUCUUUUUUUUUUUUUUUUUUCUUUUUAUCACUUUUACGAAAAAGAAAAAAACAAUCGUUGUUUCAACGAGCAACGAGGAUAUGCAUUUUCUUUGCAAGGGACGUACUCGUACGUAAUAACAGCUGAUAUAUCGUUGUUUUCGUAUACGUGUAAGUGUUAAUAAUCUGCGAAAGCGCAGUAGCGCUUUACUUACACUAAUACUCGCCAGCUGAUCCAUCAGCUUUAUCUAACAAAAACUACCGCAUUUAUUUGUAAAUUUAUAUACCCGUGUGGUAUAACAUAUUAACAAUCAGUUACGUUUUUCCCCCUCUCUUUGCAUAACUUACAAUAAUUAUACAAAACUAUUCUUUCACGUGUCAAUGAAAUAAAUUGGAAAAUAUCGAAUUCGAUGGAUUUCAUUAAUAUUUAAUGUAUUGAAUGUAUUGAAUGUAUUGAAUGUAUUGAAAAUUUGUUUGUGUAAAAGAAAAAGAAAAAAAGGAAAGAAAAAAAAAGAAGAAUAUCGAAAGGAUAAAUGAAAAAUAUGAAAAUAAAUCUUUUAAUUUGAGGAAGUUCAUAAACGUCUCUUAUUUCUUUGUUUUUUUUUUUUUUCCAUCUUAUUAAUCUACCACCUAAUUUAAUUCUAAUCAUUUUUGACUCUGCGAAUACAGCUGUCAAGUCUGCUUGUAUAAACAAAAUAUUACAUAUGUAUACAAUAUAUAUAAAAAUGAAAUAUUAUGUAGAAGCAUUUAUGAAAAUAUAAAUCAUUGAUAUUUUUGUCGUCAUUGAAAAUUAGAAUAUUGAAAGGAAAGAGAAGAUGACAAAAGAAAAGAAAAGAAAAAAAAGGCAUGGAUAAUUUGAGAGCACCAAAGGAUUUACUCCAAUAAACGAGAUUUCGUUAGUGAACUGUUUUUCUUUUUCUUUUUUUCUUCUUUUUUCUUUUUUUUUUUUUUCCUUUUCUUCAAAUCUUAUAACUCUUUUUCUCGGAUCAAUUAGCGGACACAAGAUACGUCUAGGAAACUUACGCGGCACUCACUUAAUUAGCUUACUUUUAAUCAUACAGAAAGACAUACCUUACACGUAGCGUAUUGGAAAUAGAUAUCUCAUUUAAAUAUUAAUCUAAGGAUCUAUCUUCUUUUUUCUCACUCUUUCUUUCUUUAUAUUUUUUUUUCUCUACCUAUAUAUUUUCUCUCUUUCUUUCUUUCUCUCUGUCUUUCAUCGCUUUUUCACUGUUUUAUCGUCUUAAUCCAUUGCGCAGCAAAAAUAUUUGUAAUUCUGUGGAACAACAUUAUUUGCAGGUAUGUUUGUGAUUCGAGCCCAAUAUCUUAUUAGUAUUCUUCAGGCCCGAUGACUUUCAUGAGAUAAGACGUUUGACUAUUUCUCGAAAGAUAGCCAAAAAAAGGCAAAAAUAUAUAUACUAUUUAUUUAGACAUAUAUAUAUAUAUAUAUAUAUAUAUAUAUAUAUAUAUAUAUAUAUAUUUAUAUUAUUUUUCGUCGGGUGAUUAGUCGGAUGAAUCGAAUUUUUGUAUUAUCACAAAGAGCAAAAUGCGACUAGAAAAAAUAAAAACUGUAGCAUAUAAUUUUAUAUACAUUCACACGUAAAGUAAUGUUUCGAAAGGAGAAUAAAACAGAAAGAAAAAAAAAAAAAA